AUGCAAAUUACUUCUACCAAUACUUCACAAAUGACAGCCGCAACCUUUAAUGUAUCGGCAGUUUCUACUAGUCCAACGCCAAACCCAACUCCCCUUUCUUCAACGAUUAAAUCUUUAGUUGUGGAUGAUAACAUAAUAACCGGAAGAAUUCUCUCCAAAAUUUUGGAAAAGGAAUUUAAUCAUGAAGUGACAUGCGUAAUAAGUGGUAAUGAUGCUUUACAAAAAUUAGCCAAUGAAAAUUUUGAUAUUGUUUUCAUGGAUAUUGAUAUGCCUUUGCUAAAUGGCGUUGAAACUUGUAUUAAAAUUCGUAAUACUACAAUUGUUUUGGAAGAAAAUAGAAGAAUACCAAUAAUCGCUUAUACCACAAAUCAAUGGGACGAAAGUUUCAACCAAGCUGGAAUGAAUGGAUACAUAGGUAAACCGGUAUCACCCGAAAAAGUUCAAGCCGAGCUUGAAAGAAUUAAACUCGAUCAAUUAUCAUACAUUAUAUGA